CGCGAUAUUAAAUAAAAAGGUCAGAUUUUCCAUGUGAGCCUGUAGUUGGAGAGCUACUGGUAAUCAAGCACAGCUAUAAAUGCAAGCCGAGUCUAAUUAACGCCACGCUUUCCUAAUGGACGCAGGACGUGACAGACCUGAGCUGACCAGGAGCUAUGAGGGCCCAUCACUGUCCGACUUCGACAGAGGCUUUUGCACGGACCAGAGUCUGUCUUUAUCAGCGGUUUCAGCCGAUGGCUUCCUCAGACCAAACAAAGGCAUUGUGCUGGAGUAUCCAGAGCCCAACCCUGCUGUUGCAGCAUGUCUGAACUACUCCACAAGCCUUUUAUCACCUUUAGUUGCCCUCUACAAGAACGUCCUCUCUCCAGGCAGCAGUCUGAGCACCGCUCUGGGCAGUCCAGUGGAAGGCAAGUCCUCCACACCCUACGAGAGAGUCAGGUUUCAGAAACCCGUCCUGGCCAGCUCGCUGGACCUGUCCUGCGUCGAUUUGACCACCACUCACCCGUCGUGGGAAGUGUCCUUUGUGAAGGCCGUAGUUGAGAGCCCAAAGUCAUGUUUGGAGUCCACAUGGAGUCCUAUUAACCUGUCGGCCGCUCCUGAGGGCUCUCUGGUGUCUUCAGGGAGGUCACCUCACCCAAACACUUCAGAGGAGCUUCAGCGCUCGUGGAGGGAAAUGGUCCGGCAGGGAUCUAGUCAGGUUCCUGCAAUCUCAGAUCUCUGAGAGGAACAGAGCUCAUCUAACUUGGCAAUUUGAUAGACGCCAUAUUUUAGGCUUCUUGCUGUGAUUCUUACUAGAGUGCUACCCAUGUUUAUAUAAAUGUAUUUGUACUAUAAGUGUAUUUAAUCAAACAAUAAAGUGUUGAAGUGACUUGCAUUCAUUAAUGUUACAGAGAAUCUACUCAAAUGAAUGUCUCUGUGUGAGCUUGCACGAUCAACAUGUUUCAGAAUGUGCAAUUAUUUUGUCCACUGUGGGAAUGUGGGCUGAAGAAUAGAGUGGCAGUAUAGGGUCGCUAUAGCUGAGACUACAAGUGAAAAUGCUCCUAUAUUGUGUUAUCUUCUAAAUGAAUCAGUGCCUGUCUGCUGCUGGUGUUCUAGGACUCUGGUGUCCAAUCCUGCUCUCUGAGGGUCAACGUCCUCCAGAUUUUAGCUCCAGCACACUUGCCUGGAAGUUUCUAGUGAGCCUGAAGUCCAUUAUCUUGAUCAGUUGCAUUUAAUUGGGGUUUAAGCUAAACUCCAGGAACCGGUUUGGACAGCCUUGCUCGAGAGUCCCCUGGCAUUUAGGCUCAUCUGACUGCCUCACGUCAACCUGGAAAUAAAACUGAGUGAAUUUAGCGGAUAUGUAAUGUA